GGGGGUUCUCGUGCACGAGAUUGACACGGUCUGGCUGCAGUGCUGAGGCCCAUUUUGGAACUCCGCCUCCCUCAUUCACUUGUUUCCUUCUCGCGCCCCGCGUCCGCGGGACCGGAACAAAUGCCGUUGCGACAGGCGCCAAGAAAGAUCCCGAUUGCGCUGGCCGCCGUUGUCACCGUCGUUUUCCUGCUUUUCCAGUUCCGGCACAGCUCCGACGGCCAGCAACGAUGGGCCUCAUCCAGGGGCCGCCUCAUGGGCGACAUCCAGAACACAACCCUGGGUUUUGAGAAGAUCUUCGUCGUCGGCCUGCCGUCGCGGACAGACCGCCGCGAUGGCAUGGUCUUGCAAGCCGCCCUGAGUAACAUGCAGAUCGAGUUCGUCGACGGCGUCAUGGGCAAGGACGUCCCCGACAAGGCCAUCCCCAUGGCCAAGGGCCAGGAGCGUCUCAAGGACGCGUCCAUCGGCUCGUGGCGUGCUCAUAUGAACGCGAUCCGAGAAGUCGUCCAACGCAACCUGUCCACCGCGCUCAUCCUCGAGGACGACAUCGACUGGGACGUGCGCAUCCGCGAGCAGCUGUACGACUUCGCGCUAGCCGCGCACGCCCUGACCCAGCCCCUACGCGGCAGCAGCCGGCAUACGCCGUCGUACGCGGACCCGACCUACCCGCAGCCGGCGGCCGACUCACCGGGCACGGUGCCGGACCUGUCCUUCGACCGUCUCCCGGCCACCGAGCCGCCGACCUGGUCCCCCUACGGCGACCACUGGGACGUGCUCUGGAUCGGGCACUGCGGGAUGCACUUCCCGUUCGAGAGCAGCGCGCACGUGCCCAAGCAGCGCAUCAUCCGGCUGCGCGACGAGACGGUGGCGCCGCACCGCCACCUGUGGACCUACAACAUCCCCUUCACCCUCAAGGAGACCUACCCGGAGCACACGCGCGCCUACCACCACGUGCAGGAGGGCGUGUGCUCGCUCGGCUACGCCGUCACGCAGCGCGGCGCCCAGAAGCUGCUGUUCGAGGUCGGCCUCAAGGACGUCUCCGAGGCCUUCGACCUGCUGCUGCGCUACUACUGCGAGGGCGAGCAGGGCCGCGCCGGCGGCCGCCAGUGCCUGACCACCCAGCCGGGCCUGUUCCAGCACCACCGCGCCGUCGGGCCCAUGACCGCCGAGAGCGACAUCGGCGACCACGGCGAUGGCUGGCGGGAAAAGCCCAUGACCGACAUGAUACGGUGGAGCGUGCGGUUGAACGCCGACGUGCUGCUGGAGGGCGGCAGCGAGAUGGUGGAUCAGUUUGCGAACGACGAGGAACAGUCCGGGCCGGGAAAAGAUUAGGGAGGUUGGUUGGGCAUUGUCUUGUUUUUGCCUUUGUGUAUAACUGUACGAACAGCAUCUUGUGUCACUUUGGAUAUGAACAGUACAUAUGGGUUGUAAACGACUACAUGACUAUUCCCGUGCGAUGGCCCUCGGCAUGUCCGCAUGAAGGGUCAGGCGAAGAUGUUGAC